AUGCGGAAGAGGUACCAGGGAAUGCUUUCAAGAGAUCCGCCCCGGAAGAAGCUUCAUCAAAAGGGAGAGGGGGGGAGGGGACGAAGGGAGGAAAAAGAGGGCGGNCCGCGGGGGGGCCCAGCCGCCGCCGCCGCCGCCUCCUCUACGCUGCCCGCCGCGCCGGGGGGCAGCGUGUUCCCGGCCGGCGGCGGGCCCCUGCUCACGGGCGGCGCGGCCGUGCACAUCUCCGCCGCCGGCGCUGCCAAGGCCACCCUGUCCUGCCGCGUCUUCCUGCUCGACGGGACCGAAGUGAGCGUGGACCUGCCGAAACAUGCCAAAGGCCAGGAUCUGUUUGAUCAGAUCGUGUACCACUUGGACCUCGUGGAAACAGAUUACUUCGGCCUCCAGUUCCUCGACUCUUCCCAGGUUGCUCACUGGCUGGAUCAUUCCAAACCCAUAAAAAAGCAGAUGAAAAUUGGACCUGCUUAUGCUUUGCACUUUCGAGUUAAAUAUUAUUCUUCAGAACCGAACAACCUUCGUGAAGAGUUUACAAGGUACCUGUUUGUUUUACAACUCAGGCAUGACAUUCUUUCAGGAAAAUUGAAAUGCCCCUAUGAAACGGCUGUGGAAUUAGCUGCUCUCUGUCUACAAGCGGAGCUGGGGGAGUGCGAGCUUCCAGAACACACGCCAGAGCUUGUGUCUGAGUUUCGGUUCAUUCCAAAUCAGACAGAAGCGAUGGAAUUUGAUAUCUUCCAGAGAUGGAAAGAGUGCAGGGGAAAGAGCCCUGCCCAGGCGGAACUGUCCUAUCUGAAUAAAGCGAAGUGGCUGGAAAUGUAUGGGGUAGACAUGCACGUUGUCAGGGGAAGAGAUGGCUGUGAAUAUUCUCUUGGACUGACCCCGACAGGCAUAUUAAUCUUUGAAGGAGCUAACAAAAUAGGCUUAUUCUUUUGGCCUAAAAUUACCAAAAUGGAUUUUAAAAAGAGCAAAUUGACACUGGUGGUGGUAGAGGAUGAUGAUCAGGGACGGGAACAGGAACAUACGUUCGUAUUCCGGCUGGACAGCGCCAGAACCUGCAAGCACCUCUGGAAGUGUGCGGUGGAGCAUCACGCCUUCUUCCGACUGCGGAUGCCGGGAAAUAGCAAAUCGAACAGAUCAGACUUUAUCCGGCUGGGGUCUCGCUUCAGAUUCAGUGGGCGGACAGAGUAUCAAGCCACACAUGGCACCAGGUUACGAAGAACCAGCACCUUCGAGCGGAAGCCUAGUAAACGCUAUCCAUCCCGGAGACAUUCGACAUUCAAAGCAAGCAACCCGGUGAUAGCGGCUCAGUUCUGCUCUAAAACAAAUCCCGAAGUCCAUAAUUACCAGCCUCAGUACCAUCCCAAUAUCCACCCCAGCCAGCCUCGGUGGCACCCUCACUCUCCAAAUGUAAGCUACCCGCUCCCUUCCCCAGGGCUCAGCAGCUCGGACCGGCUGCCUUUCGGCAUUGAGGAGAACGGGGGCCCUACCCGCGCCUCAGCCAGGCACCACCAUCACCAGCACCAGCACCACCCAAACUAUGGCCUCUCGCUGACUCUGGAGAACAAGGAGGGGCCUUCCAGGUCUCCAAACUCCAGCAGUAAAUCCCUGACAAAACUGAGUCCAGGACGGCCUGCCCUGUUCAAUGAAGCUGCCGCCCAUCUAAAGAAGCUGGAACUGGAGACGGUGAAAGCUGCUGGACCCUGGCCUGCUCUGCACAUCAACAUAAAUAAGGCUGAAGAAAAAAAAAUUUCCGAGAAGACUCUUCAGACCCCUCUUUUGCCUUCCCCCAUAGCCGACCAUGUGAAGUGUAACAUUUUGAAAGCCCAGCUGGAGAACGCAUCGCGAGUGAGUGCCCAGGUUGGAAAAGAGGAAUCAACAUUUGUAAAUAUCAAUAAGAAAUCCAGUCUUCAGGAUGCUAAUGUAAGAAGUCCUAUUCCUAUACGUGUGGAAACUACCCAGCCAGCAGUGGAAAAGCCGGAAAUCAAGCCUCCCCGAGUGAGGAAGUUAACAAGACAAUACAGUUUUGAUGAAGACGACCUCCCUCCUGACCUGGCCGCGGCAGUGGGAGCGCCCAUCGCCACAGCCACAAACACUACCAUGGCCACCACGCAAGUCUCCGUGCCGCCGGCGUCCCCCAGGGGCCACAAACUCAGCUCGCCUCAGAACUCAGAAGGCAAGGGCCAGCUGUCCCCAGGGGCCAAGAGUCCCUCUAACCGAGGAGGUGCUUUUACCUUGGAGCCAGGUGAUCUCCUGAUGGACUUCACAGAAGCCACUCCUCUGGCAGAGCCCGCCAGCGCCCCCCACUGUGCCCACUCUCGCUGUUCUCCUCCACUCUCUCCCCCCAUGAAGGAAGAGACCACUGGAGUUUGCAUGCAUCCUCCAAUCAAAACGAGGCUGAUAAAAACAUUCCCGGUUGAUCCAGUGACCCCAUUUCCUGAUGCUUUCAAUUCAGGGCCACAGUUCACCGCGGACUUUAGAGACAGUAAAUUGCCAUGCUGUCCUGGCCAGUCUUCCCCACUGAUUCCAGCAGUGACCCUGAGGCCUUUGACAGAGACCAUCUCCACAGUGCAGACCAUCUACACCACUCGGAAACCUGUUUCUCUGGCAGCCAGUGCAGAGACGCUCCGGCAGGAACUGGAGAGAGAGAAAAUGAUGAAAAGACUGUUGAUGACCGAACUGUGA